CCAAACAAAAUCAACCUCAUCACAUCUAUUCUUGCUUUCUUUCAAUUCGAGCUCACAAAAAUGUCGACCCACCAUGCCAAGACGGAUUCCGAGGAUACCAGCCUGGCCCCUUCCUCGCCGAACCGGGCGGUCUACUACGUCCAGAGCCCGUCCCGAGACUCCCACGACGGCGAGAAGACCACCAACUCCUUCCACUCCACCCCCAUCCUCAGCCCCGCCGGCUCUCCCGGCCGCCACUCCCGCAACUCCUCCUCCACCAGAUUCUCCGGCUCACUCAAACCCGGCUCCCAGAAGUCUACCAACGGCUCCCGCCACCACCACCACAUUAAGACGGAGAAGCAGUGGAAGGAAUUCGGCGCCAUUGAAGAAGAGGGACUCCUUGAUGAUAGCAGUCGCCGGACCGGCCUCCCGCGCCGCUGCUACUUCCCGGCGUUCGUCGUCGGGUUCUUCCUCCUCUUCGGCUUCUUCUCUUUGAUCCUGUGGGGAGUUAGUCGCAAUCAGAAACCUCUACUUACCAUGAAGAGCAUCUCUUUCGAUCAAUUUGUGAUUCAAGCCGGAAUGGACCACUCCGGCGUCGCGACGGAGAUGGUGUCGAUGAACUGCACCGUCAAGUUUGUGUUCCGUAACGAAGGAACGUUUUUCGGGACCCACGUAACGUCUACGCCGUUAGAUCUCUCAUAUUCCGAGCUCACCGUCGCUACAGGAACGAUUAACCAGUUCUAUCAAUCGAGAAAGAGCCAGAGGACGGUAACGGUGACGUUAAGAGGGAACGGGAUUCCGUUAUACGGCGGCGGUGCUGACCUGACGAGCAAUGACGGAAAGCCGACGGUGCCGGUGCCGUUGACGUUGAGAUUUAAGGUGAGAGCAAGGGCUUAUGUGUUGGGCCAGCUGGUGAAGCCCAAGUUUUAUAGAAGGGUCCAGUGCUCGGUUGUUUUGGAUCCAAAGAAGAUGAAUGUGCCCAUUAAGCUCAAGAAAAGCUCUUGUAGUUAUUCAUAAUGAGUCACGUUUGAUAUUUUGUUAUGUACCAUAAAUAGGGGUGUGCACGGGUCGGGUUCGGGCGGGUCGGGUUUGCAAACCCUAAACCCGUUCGGGUUUUUUAAUUUAAAUACUAGGCCCGACCCUUUGAUAUUUCAAAUCGGGUAUUUCGGAUAUUUUUAAGUCGGAUAUUAUCGGAUAUCGGGUCGGGUUUCGGAUAUUUCGGUUAUAUUAAAAAAAAUUAUUAUUGGAUAAUUAAAGUGUUUAAAUGCCACUUUGACAAAAA